CUGGCGAGGGUCGUGCUCCUCUCGGAUAUCUUCGUGCUGCUGGCGAAGACCUCUCAGGACACCAUUGCGCACCUUGGCGCAUGGACCCACGUCUUGCAGCACUCUGCUGGCCAGCUCGCGCCAGCGGCAUGCGCGGGGGUUCCAUCGGAAUCUGCACUGGCCAAAACCAGGGAGGAGUCGGACGCCGCCCAUGCGCUGCUCAUCGAGGUUGCUCGUGCCGCCGGCUUGGGGGGGCCUGCCUUGGAGGCGGUCUGCGGCCGCUUCGCCUCCGUGACCGAGCUGCAGUCUCACUACGCCGCCUGCGCCGACAACACGCAGCGCGGGGCCAUGCUGGUUCCGACGAUCCUGCAUGCAGGGGGAGACAUGGCCUUUGCGGAGUGCACAGAGGAGGACUGGAGGCGAGCCCACGUCGCAUCCGCGGCCGUCAUGCAGGUGGCUUUGGAGUGCCCCCUUGGCGCUGCUGAACCUGAUUCCGCGGCAGGCUGUGGACGCUGGCAUCCCGUGCUAGUUGUGGAAGCAACAGCAGCUUUGCUCAGCGAGUUGCAGCGGCACCGCGAGGAUGGCAUCGAGCUGAGGGAGAUGGACAGCACGAGACACACCGAGGCCGCGCGGAUCCGGUUGUUGCGGCGCUUCGUGGACGCCGCUGGCAGCGGGGACCACGACGGGUGGCAGUCGCCGGCCACGCUGGUUCAGAUCUGCUCCGGCGAGCUCGUCCUGUCCACGCUGCAGAGAGCGAUGCAGAGUUCGCCCGCGUCUUCCUCGGGGCCGGCGACGCCAGCCACGCAGCAUCAGCAGCAGUUCCGGAGCUUGGCGCACUGCGCACUGGCCGCGGCGGCCGCGUUGAGCGGCGGCGCGCCGGCGCCCGCCGGGGCGAGCUGCGAGGCCGAGGGCAGAAGGAAAAUCUUGAUUCUCGAGGGCGUGGAGUUGGCUGCGCGGCGUGCUUGCAAGAGGGGCACGGCGUCACACGAGUGGGCCGUGGCCUCGCGCAUCGUGGAGCUGUUGCCCGCGCUGGUUGCCGCCCUGGCCGUGCGGCACCGCGUCGUGGCGCUGCCCCGCGCCAGCCGCGAGAGGACGCUCCGGCUGCUGUACGCGCUCGGCCACGCCGUCCGCGAGCACGAGCUGCUCACGAGGGAGUGACGUGCCGCCCGCAUCGGUUUCGGUAGCAGCUCAUAGGGAGCCUCGUGUGCAUUCGUGGCUCCGUCUUUGGGGUGCUCCAGCGCGCGCCAGCGUGUGGUAGUCAGUGGGAAGGCACAGACUGGGUGUCGAUUCGCGCCCAGUCUGUUCGCAAGAUCCAGCAGGAUGGCCCCGGAUAGCAGGCGCCUCGAUGUUUUCGCGGCGCGGGUCCCACCCCCUCGACCACCUCCCGGGGACCGG